AUGGGUUUUUGGGUGUGGACUGGAAGCGGUGUCUUCUGCAAGUCUGGCGGCUGUGAUGGCAGCGUGCAGCAAAGCAAGAUUCUUCUGGGAGGGCAGGGCCCAGCGAACAUCACUACCAAGAUGGCCGACGCUAUGGAGGAAUAUGAGAAAGAAGCUGGCUGCGUCCCUAUUCUCCAUCCCGAGGAAAUCAAACCCCAGAGUCAUUACAACCAUGGCUACAGUGAGACUGUCAGCCGUAAAAACCACGUGGAUGACUACAGCACCUGGGACAUUGUUAAAGCCACACAGUACGGCAUCUUCGAGCGCUGCAGGGAGUUGGUGGAGGCGGGCUUUGAUGUUCGGCAGCCAGACAAAGAAAACGUAACACUCCUCCACUGGGCCGCCAUCAACAACAGGAUAGACUUGGUCAAGUACUACAUAUCAAAGGGAGCCAUAGUGGACCAGCUGGGAGGAGACCUCAACUCCACACCUCUGCACUGGGCCACCAGACAAGGACAUUUAUCCAUGGUGGUGCAGCUCAUGAAAUAUGGCGCGGACCCGUCUUUGAUCGACGGCGAGGGCUGCAGCUGCGUUCAUCUGGCCGCUCAGUUCGGCCACACCUCCAUCGUGGCCUACCUUAUCGCCAAAGGACAGGAUGUGGACAUGAUGGAUCAGAACGGCAUGACUCCUCUGAUGUGGGCGGCGUACAGGACACACAGCGUGGAUCCCACCCGGCUGCUACUGACCUUCAACGUGUCUGUCAACCUGGGCGACAAAUAUCACAAGAACACAGCGCUGCACUGGGCCGUGCUGGCCGGCAACACCACUGUCAUCAGCCUGCUGCUGGACGCCAACGCUAACGUUGAUGCACAGAAUAUCAAGGGCGAAACACCGCUAGAUCUUGCCAAGCAAAGGAAGAACGUUUGGAUGAUCAAUCACUUACAGGAAGCGCGGCAGGCCAAAGGUUACGACAGCCCGUCCUACCUGAAGAGACUGAAGAUGGACAAGGAGUUCAGGCAGAAAGUGAUGCUAGGAACACCCUUCGUGGUCAUCUGGCUGGUUGGCUUCAUCGCUGACCUGGACAUUGACUCCUGGCUGAUCAAGGGCCUCAUGUACGCCGGCGUCUGGGUCGCUGUGCAGUUCCUUUCCAAGGCUUUCUUUGACCACUCCAUGCACAGUGCCCUCCCUCUGGGAAUCUACCUGGCCACCAAGUUCUGGAUGUACACCACCUGGUUCUACUGGUUCUGGAAUGAUCUCCCCUUUGCCACCGUCCACGUGCCCUUCCUGAUCAACACCCUGGCUCUGUUCUACAACUUUGGCAAAUCCUGGAAGUCUGACCCGGGAAUUAUCAAAGCGUCAGAGGAGCAGAAGAAAAAGACAAUUGUGGAGCUGGCAGAGACGGGCAGCCUGGACCUGAGCAUAUUCUGCAGUACCUGCUUGAUACGGAAGCCCAUCAGGUCCAAACACUGCGCCGUGUGCAACCGCUGCAUCGCCAAGUUCGACCACCACUGUCCCUGGGUGGGGAACUGUGUCGGAAGUGGGAAUCACCGCUACUUCAUGGGCUAUCUGUUCUUCCUGCUCUGCAUGAUCUGCUGGAUGAUGUACGGCUGCAUUUCCUACUGGAGGAUCCACUGUGCCACCACUUACGCCAAGGACGGUUUCUGGCUCUACCUGACCCAGAUCGCCUCCUGCUCUCCCUGGAUGUUCUGGAUGUUCCUCAACAGCGUCUUCCACUUCAUGUGGGUGGCGGUGCUCAUCAUGUGUCAGCUCUACCAGAUCGCGGCUUUGGGAAUCACCACCAACGAGAGGAUGAACGCGCGGAGAUACAAGCACUUUAAAGUCACAGCCACGUCCAUCGAAAGCCCCUUCAACCACGGCUGCUUCAGGAACCUCAUAGAUUUCUUCGAGAUCCGCUGCUGCGGCCUGAUGCGGCCCGUGACGGUGGACUGGACCACGCAGUACACAAUAGAAUACGACCAGACGUCUGGCUCGGGCUACCAGCUGGUGUAGAGGAGGAAGAGGAGAAGGAAGAAGAGCGGGGGGAGGGGAGCAGGGGGGGCAGGUGGAAGGAGGUUUGGAAGGAUCCCCGUCCCCCCGCCCCCCUCGGCGUUCAUAUCGGAGCGAUGCUGUUCUUGGGAGCGCUUGCUUUUUUUGGACCAUCUCUCCCUCACCGAUCAAUAGACCUUGAAGUAAAAAAAAAAAAAAAGAUCAGCCAGGACUAGCAUGCUGUUACGGGGAAACACCACACCAACACCCCGCCCUCUCCCUCCGCCCCCACCACCACCUUUACUACUAUUACUACUACUACUACUACUAUUCUACAACAUCAGACUUCAUUACUGUACCUCCACUGCUAUCAACCCCCUCCACCUCGUCUCUUCUCCCGAGCCCUUUGGACGGUGCGUUGCUGCCAGGCACGAACGGAGAGGAGAGAGGCCGACGGACGAGAGGAAUUACAAAAUAAAAGCUCUUCUGCUUGUACCGGAGACGUGGCGCCGCAGAGACAGCAGCGCCAUAACGUGGCAGUAUCGUUCUUCUCCCCUCCCACUUUAUAUCCUUAUUUAUGGUGUCCCUGUUGAUGUGCCCUGUAUGUAUUUUUAAAUUUUUGAUUGGUUCGAUUGCUGUUCCUGCGACAAUGAACUGUGGUGGCCAUGGAAGCUGAAGGAAAGCUUUUUUUUUUUUUUUCCUUUUGUUUGUUUUUAUUUUUAAAUCAUGCAUUCGUUUCCAAGUAUGACAGAGAUAAGGGAAUGUCUUUGUAAGGUCUUGAUUUUGCACCGUGAUGAAUUUUCGAGUCGAGCUGAUGAGGAUUUUGCCAAUAGUUGAACUUAUCAGAGGAAAAGUGUUGGAGCUGCUGGAGGAGUCCAACUUCUCACCCGCUGAAAUAAAGCUGCAGCCGCUCGACAUGAAACUUUUAGGAGGUUUUUUUGGCGAGUAAUAACCAGAAAACGGUUGUCGUGCAGUAUUAAGUGCAUGAAUUGGGACUCCUCCAGCGCUCGACCACUGUAGACAUGACAGAAAAUAUCCUACAGACAAUGUGAUACAGGUAUAUUUAUUUUAAAACUAUUUAUAGAUAAAGUAACUAUGUUCUAGCGCCAUCAUUUUUACAUUUCACGUCAUUUUAGCUGAGUAGGUUUUUAUGAGAAAAAAUGAGUACCUGUAGCUGUUUGACACGGAAGCCCGGGAACAUUAGCAUAAAGCUCUCUAUAGACAGGUACAGCCAGUGUAUUUAUUAACAGCGGAGCUGAGUGUGAGAGAACGCAGCAGAAGGACGGACGAGUUUACACGGAAGGUGUCAUUCCAUGUGUGUUUUUCCUCAAAAAGCUGUAAAGUCUUAUUUGUUUUUGUCCUUUGUCUGCCUACAACAUUGCACUGAUCGUCGUUUUUUUUUUUUUUUUUUUUUUGGCCAUUACUGAACACAAGGGCCCAGCAGCGCCGCUUCACACCGACGCUUCCGUUGUUUACAGAGAGGAGGAGGAGGGGCCCAUCAGACAUGGCCGACUCCCAUCACUUCCUGUCUGACCCCCCCCCCCCCGCGCAGUCGGCUCCGCAGCAGCAGCAGGAUGGACUGAAGUGUAAAGAAUGUGCAUCUGUACAUAAACAAUAUCUUUCUCUGUAACUUUUCUUUUCUUUUCGUCAGUGUUAGUCGAAGGUGCUCCUGGACCUUUUUUAUUUUAUUUUAUUUUUUUGUUUGUUUCUCAAGUUUGGGGGAUUUCUUCCAACCAACCAAUGGAAAGAAGUGACUAUACUCCAAGUGUAUGACUGUAGCUUUUUGUGAUGUCCGACACUGCUGUCUAUAGGCAUUUUAACCCCCGAUUACCCUAAACUCCCCCUGCCAAGAACCUCCACUGCAUGUACGAUGCUUGGGACAGCUGGGCUCUCGCCGUCCCUCGUCGACCUGACCCCAUCGUCAUCACCAUGGUGACAGCCCGGCAAGCCACGUGUCUGUAUAUAGUGAAUGUUAAGUAUUUGCAAGUACUUUUCUGCAUUACGUUCGUUUGUCUGGUUUUUUUUUUUUCUUAGUUUCUUUCUCUCAAAUCCAGUGUGUUUAGUGGAAGUUUUCUUUCAGGUCGCCAGAUUUCCAGUCGGGCCCUCCUGUGCAAGUGUGUAAUAUAUUUGAAUGUUCCAUGCUUGUGGACUCUGUAGUCACCCUAAAGGGUUUUUUUGGGGGGGGUUUUUUUGUUUUUUUUCUGUCAUAUACCGCUGGGUUUGUUAUACCACUGGAUGUACAAAUUGUAAAGCAAAGACACUAGAGAACUAAGGCAGACGCCAAAUUUUUUUGUUUUUGUUUUCUAAAAGCUGAAAUGUGAUCAUGCAAUAGUUUUAAGGAUAGAGGGAGGUUAUAUUACAUUAAGGCCUCCCAAACUUUUGGGCCUCGUGUUUGCAUCAUCAGAAGGGGGACGGUUAUGUCAUCAUUCCCCAUUUCACUCCCCCCAUCUCGCUCACCAACAACUGAUGUCACUUCUGCCCUACAAAGACAACACGCAGCAGCGACUUUCUGCGCGCUUUAAAGGUCAAAGGUCGCGACUUGGCUGGAUUUCAUAUCAGUACCAGUAACUAACCACUUGUGUUCCAGUAAUGCCUUUUUAAGCGACAGGAGGUAGAUGUUGGCGAGUGUUUGUGUUUCGGGGGCAGAGUUCAGCACUCCCAGCUCAUCCAGGACAUGAAUUCGAAGCCAUUUCAGUCCUCACUAGUUCUUCCAGCAGCCUAUCGAGUCUCUGUUCUGUGGCCCCUCUCACCUCACCACGUGGGAUAAUAAAAUAAAAAUAAAAAAAUAAAGCACAUAAUCAUCUCCAGUGCCUCUCUGCCCACCUUCAGACAUCACUGUAACUCCGCUUCAGAUGUAAACAUAUGGGCAUGGUUCAGUUUUAAUGGCUUUAAUAAUAAAAUA